AUGCUACCCACCAAGCCCCAGCAGAUCAAGACAGCGCUCCUGUCAAUAUCUUCGCUCUAUGUCGCAGGCUGGGGUAUCUACUAUCUCGCGCAAGAGACGAUACGCAGACGAGAGCUUGCAUCGCGCAAACGCAAGUAUCCUCUGCGAGCACCACUACUUCCGCCGCACGCCAUUUCUGCUGGUGUGCGUGUGGCAGAGCGUGUAGGCGUACUCGCGCACACAAAUCCGAAAGGCCCCUCGACCAAUGACAGUGUGGAUCGAACCGCGGUGCAACAGAUCCUCAAACAGCGGGGUCUCGGAGAUGACGCUAGUAGCCCAGAGGCCGAUGUGAUUUCGCCAACACGAGGUCCCUCGUGGUAUGGAGGCGCUACAGAUACAGAAGUACUCAGAAUUCAUCGUCGAUUCUCUUCGUUCAAGGUGCUCGGACGAUACGCCAACGUCGUUCCAGAAUGGCGCGAGCAAGGUGCUUGGGAAUGGGUUGUAUGGAAGCUCUGCUACAGCUUGUUCUACAAGCCGCGCAUCUGGUGGGACGGCGGCUUCAAAGCUGACCAAAAGACACAAGAGGGUCGACAAAAGGUCGAAAUGCUUCUUCCAGUCGAGAAAAUCAACUGGAAUGCCCUCUUUGCCCCUUCUACAACCAGCUCGGCCAGCUCGACUGAACCCGAAGGCUCAACAGCAGUCGCGGUUCGCGAUCCUGCGCAAUCUUCGUUCACCUGGAUUGGGCAAUCGACGUGCUUGAUUCAGCUCGAUGGUGUCACCAUUCUCACAGAUCCUGUCUUUGGCCAACAGCCUGUCGCUAGUGUCUUCAGCCCAACACGCAUGCGCCCGAUGCCAUGCAGUAUCCAUGAGCUCCUUGCCAAUGCUGCCAUCGAUGUUGUUUUACUCACCCACAAUCACUUUGACCAUCUCGACAUCAAUGUGUUGCCUCUCAUACCAAAAUACACAACCUUUGUCGUUCCUGUCGGGCUCACUCCUCUCCUGCAACAGCACGGCGUGGAAGCUGAGCGCAUCCUGGAGCUCGACUGGUGGCAACAGAAAAAACUGUCUCUUUCGAUCCGAGUGGCAUCCAAAGGCAAGGAUACAGGCCCCUAUACAACCAAGCAUCGACGGUGCUUUGAUGUCACGGCCGUACCAGCCAGCCACUGGAGUGCUAGGACGCCACUCGACACCAACACGACACUUUGGAAUUCGUACGCGGUCCGUGUACGUACAGACGAUCAAGCGUCCACUGCUUACCGCUCUCGCUCGCCAACUUCUGCGUCCGAAGCUCGUUCCCUCUUCUUCUGUGGAGACACGGGAUACUCCCCUUCGCUUUUCACCGCCAUCGGUCGCGCUCUCGGACCGUUCGAUGUGGCCUGUCUGCCUAUCGGCUCGUACGAGCCUCGUUGGCAUAUGCAGAUUCAACAUAUGCAUGUAAUCGAAUCGGUUCAAGUGACCCGCGAUAUCGGAAGCAAGCGUGCCUUUGCUAUGCAUUGGGGAACGUGGUCCAUGUCGGAUGAGACCUGGGACGAUCCCUAUUGGCAACUGCACAAAGAAAUCCAGCAGACCUCGGAUGAUCCGGAACGUCUGCUUGCUGUUCCCUUUGGUAAGACGUUCUGGCUCUAG